CUGUACAGAUUCAGCGUAUAGCUUCUCCAAUGAUUAACGUAAGAGCAGAAUAAAUCAAGGUUGUGAUUAUGGAUUCUUCUAAUGCAUCAAAUUCAAAUGCCACAAACACUACCUGUGAUUCAUUGCCCUCUUCUUCGGCUACUCAAACUAAAGAUCCAGCAUGGGAAUGGGGUGAACGCCAAGACCUAGCAAAUCAAAGUAUUAUUACUUGUUUGUUAUGUAAGAAAUUAAUUCGUGGUGGUGGAAUUACUAGGCUUAAGGAGCAUCUUUUACAUAUUAAAGGGAAUGUUUCUUCAUGUCCAAAUGUGUCCAUUGACAUUAUGAACAAAGUUAGUCUGGUGUAUUCUGUAAAGAGGACCAAAAAAUCUCAUAGGGAUAACAUUGAUUUGGCGUAUCGGCGUGCAAACAACUCAAAUGAAGGCUCUGAUGCUGAUACCGAUGUUGAAGAACAAGAAGUUGAAAUUGAUGGCAAUAUGGGCAGUCGUGGUGCUAGUGCUGGUGUGGGUGCUAGUCAACUUGUUUCUCAGAAUCAGACAAAGAGAAAGAGGAUAAGCCAAAGUAAUAGUAGAGUCCACUCUUGA